GAGAAAUCGCGGAUGCGGAACCAUUUGGUGGGCAGGACUUCCGGCGGAAUAUCGCACUUUCUGGGAAACUCAGAGCUGUCCUGGGUUGUCGCUGUUCAGAAUUUUGUGAAGAUGGCUUGUGCUUCCGCGCGCUCCCCGGCCGACCAGGACAGGUUUAUUUGUAUCUAUCCUGCUUAUUUAAAUAAUAAGAAGACCAUUGCAGAGGGAAGGCGAAUCCCCAUAAGUAAGGCUGUUGAAAAUCCUACAGCUGCAGAGAUACAAGAUGUAUGUUCAGCAGUUGGACUUAAUGUAUUUCUUGAGAAAAAUAAAAUGUACUCUAGAGAAUGGAAUCGUGAUGUCCAAUACAGAGGCAGAGUCCGGGUCCAGCUCAAACAGGAAGAUGGCAGCCUCUGCCUUGUACAGUUCCCAUCACAUUAUACACUAAGCCUAACUUCUGGUUCCUAGAAAGUAGCAGAGACCAACUGAAUGAAGGCAAAACCCACUGAUUUUCUUGGAAAGAACUGUAGAGCAAAACGAAAUUCAUUUGUGGAGAGGAAUAAUUCCUACCUGAACGAAUGGAAAAGUAAAACUGUAGAAUCAAAAAUAAAUAAAUACUUGGUAAUAAAUUCACAUCCUAAUCACAAAAAUUCAUUUUUAAUUAGCUCAAUUAUAUAAAUGAAUCACUUAUAUAACCAAGGAACUAUAUUAUGGAGCAUUUUUUUUUAAAAUUCUAUUUAUUUAUUUUAAUUUUUUUUUUUAGAGGCGGGUUUCACCGCGUUGGUCAGGCUGGUCUCGAACUCCCGACAUCAGGUGACACACAUCUCAGCCUCCCAAAGUGCUGGGAUUACAAGCAUGAGCCACCAUGCCUGGCCUUGUUAUGGAGCAUUUUUAAAUGUUUGUUUUUGUUUUUAUACUAGGGUAAGCAUUUCCCAAGUUUGCCUGUAAUGCCUGGCUUUUUCAAAAUAAUAAUAAACUUCUUCCUAGUGUCUGAAUUAACACCAUUAUAAAUUAAGGAAAACCUAACUGAUGGGGUUUUACUCUUUAGGUACAUUAAUAUAGGGUGAAAUACUCAUUACAAUAAUUACUAGAAAGAAAUGCUCAGCUCCCUGUACCUUCUGAGAUCCUCCCACCAGUAAAGGCAGGACGACAGAGUGGUAGCGCUUUCCAUUUAGUGUGCCAAAGAGAGAGGACACUGGUCACCAGCACCAUCUAAUUAAAAUACCUUUAGGCUGAUUGACAGGAGAUAGGGAUUAAGUCAAGGUUCCAAAAAGGUGAACACUACCCCCACGCCUUAUGCCCACCCCCAUUCUUCCCCGCUGAGCUUUCACUUUUUUCAGAUGUGCAGUCUAACUCAGCAGCCCCGGGGCGUGGGGGGGAGGAAGGGAAGGGGACGGCUGCAGGGUGUGUCACUUACGAGACGUAGGCUGGGUAGCCAAAUCCUAUCAGGUUGCAGAGGAGAGAGGCUCCAUAACCGAACACAAGGUACAAGGCCACCAGUCCAAUGACACCUGGGGACCACAAGGAGAGAAGUGGGUUGGGCGGCAAGAGGCGCUCAUGCGGCACAGCCGCCGCCCACACCGCGAGGCUGGGCCUGUUCUAGGCGUUUUCCUCCCGACUCGAUUAAAGGAGGGAGAAAAACAAACCACACCAAGGCUGGGCCUGCGCGUCCGCGGGGCCCUGCCUUGAAGUCUGGGGAUAUCGGGCAGCUACCACCUUUGUGCCUCUCCUACCUCCCGCACGGGGCCCCGGCGCAGCAACCCCGGGCGCCCGGAAAGGUCCGGGGCAUCCCCGUCCGCCCUCUCGCAGGGCCCGUGGGGCAGCGCCCCAGCCCUGGAAGCUGCGGCCCGCGGGGAGCGUCCCGAGAGGCCCGGACUCCCGCACCCUCUGCAACAGCAGCCCCCGCCCACCCGAGGGGGCGCCCCUCCCCAGGCGGAGCUUCACCGAGGGUUGGAUAGCACCGGGUACCUCCGCCACCUCACCCGCCCGCAGGGCUCCGCCGUCCGCGGCCACUGUGCGGGUCCGCAGGAACAGGGCGCCCGGCCGCGGAGCGGACACGUCAGCGCCGACCUUUCCAGCUGCCAGCGCCCGGCGCCGCCGCUGCCCUCCAGCCCCGCGACCCUCAGUACCGGCCGCCCCGGAGGAGUCUGCGAUCCCCGCGCUUUCCGGAAGGUCAGCCUGGUCUCUGAGGAUGCUGCUCGUCCCGUCUGUCCCCAACUCCACCUCUCCCGAGUCCUCUCCCCGCUUCCUUCCCAGCAGCUGUGGCAGCGGCGGCUCCCGGGGCCCGGCCAGCGGCGGCGAACCCAGGCCACUCACCAAGCGCGAUGAAGCUCCGGUUCACGCCAGUCUUGGCCUCGAGCUUGGCCAGAAGGUCAGUCAUGCAGUUCUUCUCGUGCAGGAACCGGUCGAACCUCUCCCUCAUGGCCGCAGACAUGGCGGUGACCGUCGCGCCGCCCGGGGCUGCUCUUAAUGCCGGGUGGACUGGAGCGGGGACUGGAGCGGGGACUGCAGCGGGGCGGCGGCAGGCGGGGACCGCUGCACGUAUGCGCGUCCUCCACUCGCCUCUGCUCGCCCCGCCCGGCCUCCGCGAGCCCCUCCUCCCCCGCCCCGCGCCCCGCGGACAGCGCCACACCCGGGCGGGGCGGGCCUCCGCGGGCCCUGCGAGGUGGCCUGGCUGUUGACAGCCUUAACACAUUGCGGAGUAAAAAGGGUGUGGUGUAGGGAAGUGUAUUUUGUGUCUCUUGAGGACUCCCUUCUCAAAUAGGCCUAGUGCAAAAAGCAGGCGGAAAGGAGGCAGGCGUCUUUGUUGCUCCCGCCUGAAAUUUAAUGAGAAGAGUUUGGCACCUACAUUGCUAUGCUAAACCUGCUAAGGCAGUUUUGAUCUAAAAAAUGGAAACGUAUGAGCAUCCUGAAAAACUCUUUGGGUACAGGCCUGCUUUCUCCCUCUUUGCCUUAACUCGGCAGUUUUUCUCACCUACCAUCGUUGCCUUUAAAAGACUCUCGAAGAAAUCUAACACAUCCCCCCUGGGGCACAGCUUUUCCAAAAAAGCCCUGCGUUAAACAUUUUUUUAUGGUGGGCUUGCAUUGGCCUGUUGUCUGAUACCGUGGCAAGUGUCCAAAUUAUCUCUGUAGAGCCAUGUUGCCCAGCCUGGUCUCAAAUAUGUGAGCUCAAGUAAUCUGCCCACCUCGGCCUCCCAAAGUGCUGGGAUUACAGGCAUGAGCCUUGCACUCAGGCUCAAAAUUUGAUUGCUUUGUUUAUUUAUUAUUUAUUUAUUUUAGCAAAGGAGCAAAAUCCCUUUAAGUUAGAUAUUUAAAUCAACCUAGGUUUCUGUCUCUACAUUUCAUGCAGUGGCAAUAUUUGUACUACAUUAACUAUGCAUGGAGUAUCUGGAAACAUACUAUUCAUUUGGAUUUCUUCCUUUUUUUCUUUCUUUCUUUUUUUUCCCAGACAGGAUCUUGCUCUGUUGUCCAGGAUCAAGUGCGAUGGUGCCAUCAUGGCUCACUGGAGCCUUGACUUCUUGGGCUCAAGCAAUCCUCCCACGUUGACCCCCAAAAUGCUGGGAUUAUAGAUUCCAGCCACUGUGCCCAGCCCUUGGCUUUCUUUCAGUAAAUAUUGCUCCCUCUUUUUGUGUAAAAAUUGCUCUCUUUUCAGUUUUCUCCUGACAUAGAUUUCAAAUUUCUUCUUUUCUUAAGCAUUCAACCAGUGGUGAGGCAAAGCAGUAUAGUUAGGCAUAGUGUCUGGAGUUCUAUAUCUGGAUUCACUCUAUAUGAGUUAAAUCCCAGCUCUAUUAUUUAGCUGUGUGACUUUGGGCAAGGUACAUAAGCUCUCUGUGCUUCUGGCAUAUCAUCUGUAAAACAGGGAUAAAAAUAGUACCUAUUUCACAGAGUUUUCAUGAUGAUUAGGUGAGUUACUAUUUGUAAUGCUUUUAGAAGGGUACUCAAUGCAAAGUGUUUAAAUAAUUUAAGAAAGAAAAAAAGCACAGCUAACUGUAAAUCUUUUUGUUGUUGUUGUUUUGUUUUGAGACAGGGUCUGGCUCUGUCACCCAGACUGGAGUGCAGUGGUACAAUCUCAGCUUACUGUAACCUUUGCCUCCUGGGCUCAAGCCAUCCUCCUACCUCAGCCUCCCAAGUAGCGGGGACUACAGGCACACGCCUCCAAGUCUGGCUAAUUUUUGUGUUUUUUGUAGAGAUGGGGUUUCACCAUGUUGUCCAGUCUGAUCUUGAACUCCUGAGCUCAAGUAAUCCUCCCACCUCAGCCUCCCAAAGUGCUGGGAUUGCAGAUGUGAGCCACAAUGCCCAGCCUCUAAAAUUGAGAUAGGGAAAUAUCACAUUAUUUUUGCCUUUAGGAAAUUACAAUCAGAUUCGGGGAGUAUGGGAUCCUAGUUUAUUCCAUCGACACUAUAUACCUUAGACUCUUUCAUAGAAGAGGAAAGAGAUGCAGAAGAUAAAAACCCUACCAAAAGUCUCAGACUGUUCACUUACUCAUAUUUACUAAAUAUAUCCUGUGUGCCAGCUGCUGUUAGACCUGGGAACCAGAUAGACAAGAUCUGUUUUGGUGGCCAUGAAGACGGAUGGCCUGGAACCAGUUUACUUUGGCAAUCUCUUUCUUUUUUGGGGGGGUGGGGGAUGGAGUUUUGCUCUUGUUGCCCAGGCUGGAGUGCAAUGGCCCGAUCUCGGCUCACUGCAACCUCUGCCUCCCAGGUGUAAGCGGUUGUUCUGCCUCACCCUCCUGAGUAGCUGGGAUUAUAGGCACACACCACCAUGCUUGGCUGUUUUUUGUAUUUUUAGUAGAGAGGAAUUUCACCAUGUUGGCCAAGAUGGUUUUGAACUCUUGACCUCAGGUGAUUCUCCUGCCUUGGCCUUUCAAAGUGCUGGGAUUACAGGUGCGAACGACUGCACCUGGCCAACUUUGGCAAUUUCUUUCUUUUUUCUUUUUUUGAGACAGAGUUUCGCUCUUGUUGCCCAGGCUGGAGUGCAAUGACACGAUCUCAACUCACUACAACCUCCACCUCCCAGGUUCAGGCAGUUCUCCUGCCUCAAUCUCCUAAGUAGCUGGGAUUACAGGCACGCGCCACCAUGCCCAGCUAAUUUUGUAUUUUUAGUAGAGAUGAGGUUUCUCCAUGUUGUUCAGGCUCAUAGCCUACAGGGUGGCAUGAAGUUUUGCUUUUCUUUUUAUGUAAGAGAAGGACCAGAAGGAGUCAGACAAGUUUGCCCACUUCCUUUCACAAUGAGACGUCAGGGAAAUACAGUCAACAUGAACAAAGAAACUGACCAGGCCAGGUGCUGUGGCUCAUGCCUGUAAUCCCAGUACUUUGGGAAGCCAAGGCAGGAGGAUCUCUUAAGCACAGGAGAUUGAGAUCUCAUCUCUGUAAGAAAAACAUUAAAAAAUUGGCCAGGUAUGAUGGCAUGCUCCUGCAGUUUCAGCUACUGAGGGGACUAAGGCAGGAGGAUGGCUUGAGCCAGGGAGGUUCAGACUGCAGUGAGCUAUGAUCACACUAGAGUGAGACUCUGUCUCUUAAAAAAAAAAAAAAAGAAAGAAAGAAAAAGAAACUGAGCAGUUGUAUUAAAUUUAUAUUGCUACUGUAACAAAUUAUCCCAAACUUCAUGGCUUAAAACAAUACAAAUUUUAUUCUGUUACACUGUUCUGUGUCAGGCUCACUGGGUUAAAAUCAAGGUGCUAUCUGCAGGGCUUUGUUCCUUUUUGGAGGCUUAGAGAAAGGUCCGUGCUUUUUUUUGCUCACUGGGUUGUGGCAGAAUUCAGUUUCUUGUGGUCAUAGGACUCAAGUCCCCAUUUCCUUCCUCAUCUUCAAAGCCACUGCCAGCAGCAGUCAAAUCUCUCUCAUACGUCAAAUGUCCCUUCCUUUUUCUUUCAACUAAUCUCUCUGACCCAUCUGCCUUCUCCUCCUACCUUUGAGAACUCAUGUGAUUAGAUUGGGCCCACCCAGGUAAUCCAGGAUAAUCUCCCCCAUCUUAAAGUCUAUAUAACUUUAAUCCCAUCUGCAAAGUCCCUUCUGCCACGCAAAGUCCCAUCUUCACAGGCUUGGGUAUUAGGGUAUGGACAUCUUUGGGUGGGGAUGGAAGUCAUUAUUCUGCCUACUACACUAGCCUUACAUGCAGGACCCAUAACCAGCAUCAAGGUCCCUGGAAAGAAUGAACAUGUUGAGAUCAGACAGCUGGUGUAAAUCCUUUCACUCACUUCAAGCACCAUCCCAGGACAUGGCACAGGGUCAAAGCACAGGCCCUGGAGCAGAUACCCUGGCUCCCUUACUUACUUGCUGUGCACUCUUGGGAAAGUUCUCAACCUCCAAAUGCCCCACUGUUCUCAGCCCAUAAAACAAAGAUAAUGCUAGUGUCUACUUCAUAUGGUUGUUGGAAUAAAUGAGACACCCCACGUAAAGCACUUCCAGAGUGCCUAUCUGAAGGAUACAUACAUCAAUUAGGCGGACAUUAACAAGAGUUUAUGCCCAAAAUUAUACCAUCUUUUCCUAUUCCUUUGAUUCAAGGAUUUGGUAUAUGUGAAAAUCAAAAUGCUCUCGCAAAAAUAAGAGCACAUUUUCAUCAAUAAUUGGACUAUGGGAAAGAAGGAGGAAAAGAAAAUGUAUACUGAGCACCUAUUUUGUGUUAGAUAAUUUGUAUGUAUGAAGGAGCUGACAGCAUAUUUUCAUGGAGUCAGGGGUCACUAAUCCUCAGACUACUUGAGGAUUAAAAGAGUAGUCUUUUCCAAGGUACAAAGUAGGGAAACAAAACUGCUUAUUUUUCAGUUUUGUCUGUGAUCCUUGACUAACCCUUGGCCAAGUGAAAGGCACCCUCCGGAUCUACACAGAUGUGGGCAACUGACCUACAAACACACAUCAGGUCAAAGUCAAGCUGUUCUCUGACAUGCAGCCGGCUGAUUUAUGCAGCUCUUUAUCACUUAGCAGUCUCUUAAUGCUUCCUGUCUCUCCCCAGUCUCUGACCUUCAGCCUUUUUGGGAUGAGUUUUGGCCCAUGUUCCUCUAGCUCUUGGACCUCAAUCAUACUGUGACCACACUGGAUGACUCAAGGAUGUGCCUCUUCCUUUCACGACAUAAAUAACUUUUGUUUUAUGAUGAGCUCUGCCAUGCAGUUAGGAGAGAAUUACUUGACCACAUAGGCUUUUGCUUUUCACCCAGGAUAAUCUCUCUAAAAUCCAUGCAAAUGGAGAUUUAUAAUUAGUUAGUGUUUGGGGAUUUGGAAUAAGGUUUGGGAGGACACACUUGUUUUUGUUUUUCUCACACCAUUGUUCUUAACACCUCUUUAUCUAUUCACAGCCAUAACAAAAACACCCUACUAAAAGUGAGAAUUCAUUAGUCUAAAAAAAUUACAAUAUAUACUGUCUCCAAACAGCACCAACUAUUGUAUGCAUCAUCUUAACCAGCUUUAUAGAAUUUACUCAAAGUCAUUGCUUCUCUGCCUCUUGGCUAAGAUCAAGGGUAGAAUUUACUGAAAGUCACACUUUUCUUUUUGUUAUUAUUGUUGGUUUUUUUUGUUUUUCUUUUUUUUUUUGUUCAUUUUAUACUUUUGAUGGUCAUUUUUUUUUUUUUUUUUUGACAUGGAGUCUCGCUCUGUCGCCCAGGCUGUACUGCAAUGGCAUGACCACGGCUCACUGCAAACUCCAUGUCCUGGGUUUGAGUGAUUCUCCUACCUCAGCCUUCUGUGUAGCUGGGAUUACAAGCACAUGCCACCAAGUGUGGCUAAUUUUUGUAAUUUUAUUUUAUUUUUUUGAGACAGAGUCUUGCUCUGUCACCCAGGCUGGAGUGUAGUGGCAUGACCUUGGCUCACUGCAACCUCUGUCUCCCAGAUUUAAGUGGUUCUUCUACCUCAGCCUCCCGAGUAGCUGGGAUUAUAGGCACACACCACCAUGCUCAGCUAAUUUUUGUCAUUUUAUUUUAUUUUAUUUUUGAGAUGGAGUUUCACUCUUAUUGCCCAGGCUGGAGUGCAAUAGCAUGAUCUCAGCUCACUGCACCUCUGCCCCCCAGGCAGCUGGCAAUUCUCUUGCCUCAGCCUCCUGAAUAGCUGGGAUUACAGGAAUGUGCCACCAUGUCUGGCUAAUUUUGUAUUUUUAGUAAAGAUGGGGUUUCUUCAUGUUGGUCAGGCUGGUCUCAAACUCCCAACCUCAGGUGAUUGUCCCACCCAGCCUCUUAAAGUGCUGGGAUUAUAGGCAUGAGCCACUGCGCCCAGCCUGAUGGUCAUUCUUAGGCAAAUAGUUUGGACUUGGAAACAUCAUAGUGACAACUGUAACUUCUAAUGUUGUACAAUAGUAACUGAAUUGGCAUUUAAUACAAGUUCCCAGUCUAUAUCACAUGCGUAUUUGGUAUGUUUAUAAACCAAGACAGUGGCAUAUGAAGUGGAUUAAAGGAAGAGUCUCCAUUUCUGGAUUCUUUGGAAAUGUGAUUGCUUACAACCAGUCUUUAACAUGUAGGAAAGCCUUUUUACUUAGAUUAUUUCAUAUCAAGUUCACAACUUGCAAAAUUAAGUGGAGGAUGAUAAAUUAAUAUGGAAAACAACAUUGGCUUAAUUUCAGAGUAAGCUUUUUUAAAUAAAUCAUUUUUAUAGUUAACUCAAACCACUUUUCCAACUUAUAUUUAUUCAGAGAAAAAAUUUUUAAAAGUUACCUUGGACUAAAGACCAGGGCAUCAGUUUAUAUGGUGUGAGUUCUUUUCAUUUGCCUUAGAUUGCAUCUACACUGACAUAAGAAAGUGGAAAGGUAAGCAAUUAUCUUAGGAUUAUACUAGUAAAAAUUAUAUCAAUAAUUACUUGGUAUAGACAGCCCAGGCUGUCUUUCAGCAUGGGAAAAUUGGUCAUGGGUAGAUUUUUCAAGGUGACUUAGUUUGAGACCAAGAAAUAGUCAAUGAUGUUUUUGUCAAGUGUAAAAUAGAUUCCAGAAUGCAUUCCUUCAUUCUUGGAGGCCCUUCAAUUAGUAUUGGACCUAAUUAUUUAGAUAAUUUGUUAAAGGAUUUACACUUAUUUAAAGAAGGCUAAUGAGUCACCAGUAUUUAAUAUUCAUUCAUUCAACAACUAUUCAUUGAGCACCUACUAUCUGCUAUGAACUGAAGAUAUACCAGGAACCAAGAUAGAUAGGUCCAAGCUUUAUGGAUCUCACAAAUCAUAACCACAGCAACAUUUGAUAUCUGUCAUUAAGAGUUUGAAACUUCAGUACCUUUUUUUUGUGUUUUGAGAUGGAGUCUUGCUCUGUUGCCCAGGCUGGAGUGCAGUGGUGCAAUCUCGGCUCACUGCAGCCUCUGCCCCCAGGGUUCCAGUGAUUCUCCUCCCUCAGCCUUCUGGGUAACUGGGAUUACAGGCACAUGCCAAAAUGCCCUGCUAAUUUUUGUAUUUUUAACAGAGAUGGGGUUUCACCAUGUUGGCCAGGCUGGUCUCAAACUCCUGAUCUCAGGUGAUCCGCCCACCUCAGCCUCCCAAAGUGCUGAGAUUAAAGGUGUGAGCCACUGUGCCCAGCAUCAAACUUUAGUAUCUUUCUUUUUCUUUUUUUAUAAUUUUUAUUUUUAUUUUUUUUUAAGAGACGGGGUCUCACUAUGUUGCCCAGGCUGAAAUGCAGUGGCUAUUCACAGGCGCGAUCCCACUACUGAUCAGCGCAGGAGUUUUGACCUGCUCCGUUUCUGACCUGGGCUGGUUCACCCCUCCUUAGGCAACCUGGUGGUGUCCUGCUCUCAGGAGGUCACCAUAUUGAUGCCAAACUUAGUACAGACACCCAAUCGGGCUCAAGCAAUCCUCCCACCUCAGCCUCUGGAGUAGCUGGGACUACAGGCAAGCACCACCGUGCCAGGCAAACUUUAGUAUCUUAACCUAAUAUUUAUAUUUUUCUUAUCAUUAAAGAAAAAACUAUUAUCAAUAAAUUUGAUAAUUGAUAAACUCAA